AUGGAGGCUGAAGAGGAGCGUUUUCCUAGACUAAGGCAAGUUCUUCUUCUCUUUGUUUUGCUGGCUCACACUUGCGCGGAGCGGGAAGAUUAUUUUAUUACAGAAGAAACAGAGAGUGGUUCUUUUGUGGCCAAUCUAGCAAAGGAUAUAGGGCUAGGGGCAAGAGAGCUCUCUCGGCGGAGGGCUCGGAUCAUUUUUAACAAUGACAAAAAGCAAUUUCAGCUGAACCUUCAGACUGGAGAUUUACAAGUAAAUGAGAAACUGGAUCGGGAAGAAUUGUGUGGCCCCACUGAACCUUGUGUACUGCAAUUUCAAGUGUUACUGGAAGAACCUUUGGAGGUAUAUAGGUAUAAGCUUUUGGUCACUGACAUAAAUGACAAUUCCCCUGUGUUCCCAGAGGCAGAAAUGAUUUUAAAAAUCAUGGAAAAUACUCUUCCAGGGGCUGUGUUUCCCCUGAAAAAUGCGCAAGAUUUGGAUGUAGGUGUCAAUAAUGUUCAAAACUACACCAUUUAUCCCAACUCCCAUUUCCACGUGCUCACCCGCAACAGCGGUGAAGGCAGAAAAUACCCGGAACUGGUUCUGGACAAAGCCCUAGAUCGAGAACAGCAGCCCGAGUUUAGAUUAACUCUCAUGGCAGUAGAUGGUGGAACUCCUCCCAAAACUGGGACUACCCUGGUCCUCAUUGAUGUUUUGGACAUCAAUGACAAUGCUCCUGAGUUUGUGCAGCCACUCUAUCGUGUGCAGAUCCUGGAAAACAGUCCCCUGGGAUCUCUUAUUGUCACUGUUUCAGCUAGAGAUUUAGACACAGGAAUAAACGGUGAAGUAGUCUAUUCAUUUUUCUAUGGUGAUGAAGAGAUUACUAGGACAUUUGCACUUAAUGAACUCACAGGAGAAAUUAAAAUAAUUAGGAAAUUAGAUUUUGAAAAAAUUAAGUCAUAUGAGCUGGAUAUUAAGGCUUCUGAUGGAGCAGGUCUUUCGGGAAAAUGCACUGUCAUAAUAGAGGUGGUGGAUAUAAAUGACAACACCCCAGAAAUGACCGUAGCUUCCCUUAUAAGUUCCAUCCCUGAAAAUUCCCCUGAGACCACGAUAGCUCUUUUCAGUAUUCAAGACCCAGACUCUGGGGAAAAUGGGAGGAUGGUUUGUUCCAUCCAGGAAGAUGUCCCCUUCACUCUGAAACAUUCUCUUGAAAAUUUCUACAAGUUAGUAACAGAAGGAGUGCUAGACAGAGAGACAAGAUCUGAGUACAACAUCACCAUCACCGUCACCGACUUGGGGACCCCCAGGCUGAAAACGCAGCACAACAUAACCGUGACGGUCUCCGACGUCAACGACAACGCCCCCGCCUUCAGCCAAACCACCUACACCCUGCGCGUCCGCGAGAACAACAGCCCCGCCCUGCACAUCGUGUCGUCGCUCUUCCUGUUCUCGGUGCUGGUGUUCGUGGCGGUGCGGCUGUGCAGGCGGAGCCGGGCGGCGUCUGCGGGUCGCUGCUCGGGGCCUGAGGGCCACUUUCCGGGCCACCUGGUGGACGUCAGCGGCGCGGGGACGCUGUCCCAGAGCUACCAGUACGAGGUGUGCAGGAGAGGAUCUGGGACCAAGGAAUUUAAGUUUUUGAAAUCUGUUGUCUCCAUUGCUCAACAGAAGUCUGUGAAUGAUGUGGAGGAAAACACAUUUUGUAAAUUUUGGAUUCAAUUAGGAAUUUGGAUGAAGGUUACCGACUAA